AUGGUCUCAGCGUCGCAGAACCCUGAGGUUUCCGCGCCAGCCUCGCCUACGUCGCCGAGGUUUCCUGUGCCUGAUGGCCAUGUCCUCGCCGAGAAGCUAGGAGCUGGAAGAACGGCUGUCGUUUACAGAGUCGUUCGGAAGUCCGACAGCCACUCCCGCGCGGCCAAGUUCGUGCACCGUCUUGGAGAUGAGGAAGAGGUUCGGAAACUCACCACUCAGGAGUACGAGCUUCUGUCUUCUUUCAAGCACAGUGGCAUAGUCGAGGCGUACGGCCUUUUCUGCUCCGCAAGCUCGAUGUGUCUCCUUCUGGAGUUUUGCGAGCAAGGUAGUUUGCAGCGAUACCUCGAGCAGAGCGGGCUCUUCGAAGAGAGACAUGCCCUGGCCCUUUUCCGACAGCUGCUAGGAGCUGUCGACUUCUUGCACCAGAGAAGAAUCGUUCAUAGAGACAUCAAGCCUGACAAUUGCCUCUUGACGGAUGGGGCAAGAGAAUUGAAACUCACUGACUUCAACAGCGCGAAGGUUAUCGGCCAAGGUGAGGGCAGCGCGGCAAUGCUCAGCGAUCGGGGCACGAAGGACUUUGCAGCACCGGAAUUGCUGUUGGGUGGCCUGUGGAAUGAACGUGUAGACAUUUGGGCAAGCGGACUUUGUCUUUGCUUCAUGCUGCAGGGUUCUCAUCCUUGGAACUCUUUGCAACAAGCGAAAAAAGCUUUUGCAGCUGGAUGCCUUCCACCCGUAGAUUGGACAUGUGUGGAACCGAAUACAGCUGAUCUUCUUCAGUCUUGCCUAGUGGUCAAUCCCUUCAAUCGUCCACCGGCAAUGAAAAUCUUGAACCAUGGAGCACUUCAAGGUUCUGCUAUCGAUGUGCCCCUUGUAGCCACCCUUCGGCACGAUGUCGAAGGCAGAACAAGGUCAAAACCGCGAAACCUGGCUCAGACAUACGGUGCAUUAUGCAGUCCUGGACGGCGGGUCAGCUAUCACGGGUACGUCUCGUCGCAAAUUGCUUCGCGGAAGUCCCAACGCCGCUCUGUCUCAUUGUCGGAAUUCUCGGCGAGAAGGCUACGUGAGCAAAGGCUUGAGCUGGGACGUGUACAGACAGCAUAG